CCCCCCCCCCCCCCCGCGCGGAUAUCUCUGUCUGCUCCCGUCGUCGCAGAGGAAUCGAUCAUCGGUUUUCUGCCGAUACCACCGAUCCAAAGAUUGGAUCUGACGUUCGGAUUGCGUGGUCCUCGUCGGCGCUGGAUCUGCGACCGUUCCGUCACGUCGCGGAUCUCGAAUUUAUUUGGGCGCGUGUAGUUUGUGCUUCUACUAUCUAUACGACUUUCGUGUGAUAUAUCCGACUCGUGGGGUGUUCGGAAGAGGGGUAGGGCGAGAUGGGGCUCGCGUUCGGGAAGCUCUUCAGCCGGCUCUUCGCCAAGAAGGAGAUGCGGAUCCUCAUGGUCGGUCUUGAUGCCGCCGGAAAGACCACCAUCCUCUACAAGCUGAAGCUCGGCGAGAUCGUUACCACUAUCCCAACCAUAGGGUUCAAUGUUGAAACUGUCGAGUACAAGAACAUUAGCUUCACUGUUUGGGAUGUUGGGGGUCAGGACAAGAUCAGACCUCUCUGGAGGCAUUACUUCCAGAACACGCAGGGUCUUAUCUUUGUUGUGGACAGCAAUGAUAGGGACCGUGUUGUUGAAGCCAGAGAUGAGCUCCACAGGAUGCUGAAUGAGGAUGAGUUGCGCGAUUCUGUGUUGCUUGUCUUUGCCAACAAGCAAGAUCUUCCAAAUGCUAUGAAUGCUGCUGAAAUUACUGAUAAGCUUGGAUUACAUUCCCUUCGUCAACGUCACUGGUACAUCCAGAGCACAUGUGCUACAUCCGGUGAGGGUCUGUAUGAGGGCCUGGACUGGCUAUCUAGUAACAUUGCCAGCAAGGCUUGAGGCUUGGAAUUUUGACAGCGGAGCUGGCUAGUAGCUGUGGAUCUGUUAUGUGCCUUUCGCAAGCUCAGUGUUUUUGUAAUGAUGUCCCAGUUAAAUGCUUCCUUAUGGAUGCUCUUUCUACUUGUUGAUACUUUGCACAAUGAUUUCAAAUAUCAUACGUUUUUGACUAGUUAUCAUGUCCACUUAGUUAUAUAAAUGAGGCCAAAAUAUUAUUUCUUUGA